GCCUCUAUGGAGACCCAGGAGCUGUGUGCCCCACAGAGCUGUUCCCUCCUGCGCUAGAUUCAUACUCACCACUUGCCUCUACCUGUCAGGUCAGCCGUCCCCGGGUCUCCCACUCCCCAAGCUGGACUUGGCCUUUCUCAUUUUGUCUAUCUCAGAGGUGCUGAAAGAGCUGAGCAGAAUCAGACCAGCUCCAGGUUCCCUCUCCCCAGCGCCCCCCAUGUUCCCUGCCGCCAGCACCAGAGGAAAGGGCCAGAUGGUCCAGAGAGCCCUGCUCCCGCCCCUGCUGCUCCUGCCACUGCUGAUGUCAGGUGAGGAGGAAGGUGAGAGCAUGGGGAGGAGAGGAGAGGGUGGGACAGGGCUGCUGGAGGAGCCCGUCCUGGUGUGGCCCUCACCUGCCAGGUCUUCAGAAACUUCAUUCCCAGGCUCGGGGGCUGUAUCAGAGGUACAGCAACUUCACCGAGUGGCGGGACCGAUGCUUUCUGUGAGAUGCCAGUACCCCCCUAAGGGCCAGCCCUACGAGAGGAAAAGCUGGUGUAAGGAGCUAUCGGCAUUCAAGUGCACCAGCUUAGUCACCAGCUCCGGUCCCUUCAAGCUGGCUCAGGCCUCUCAAUUCUCAAUCUGGGACAACUCUAGCACCGGCUUCUUCAUUAUUACCAUGACGGGUCUGAAGGAAGAAGAUUCAGGACACUACUGGUGUAGAAUCUACCAUGCAUCCAGCAACUCAGUCUCUAAGUCCAUGAGGUUCUAUCUGACGGUGGCUCCAGCUUCCGCCUCCACGCAGGCCCCCCGGGCUUCCUCUGCCAUCACUGCCCUAUCACACUUGCAGCCCCUGGUGCUCUGGUCCCCGUGCUCUGUGGACUCCUUCUGGUCACGAGCCUGGUGCUAUUGGCCCUGCUUGUCUGGUGAGUGAGUGGCUUUGGGCUGGACCUGGAGGAGGAUGAAGCAGGACAAAGCUUCCGUCCCUUGGACAGAUGGUCAAACGGGAUCAGCCAGUGAACGCAGAGGCAAGAAAACAGAUCCUCAACAGGGCUGUCCAAAUUAAACCCUCAUUGACUGCAUGCUCUCCAUGGGCUCAUCUUUGUCUUUCCAAAAUGCAGAUGCCUUGUUCGCAUGUUUCCAGCUGUUUUCCCUUCCCCUCUUCUCCCCGUCCUUUCCUUCCUCCACCCCUCUCCCACUCUGAUUCAGUAUCACUGACCUGUCCGACCAAAAAAUCCCUCCCACAGCCUUCCAGGAAAGCCCACCCAAAGCCAGGGCACAGCCUCUCCUCUUCCUCAUCCCCACAGGGUGAUGGAGGGGGGUGUGCACAAGAGGGAGGGUCCAAGGAGAAGGCAAUGCACAAGGCGUAGGCAGGUGGGGCUGAGGGAAAGGUGUGGGGACAGGUUCCCAUGAGGAGAGGGCAGGCUUGUUGAAGGGGGGACAGGCUGUGGGGAGAGGGCAACGGGGUCAAAGAGCAGAUUUGAGCCACUUUCUGUAUUUCUUCCCCCCUCCCAUCUUAGGGUCUUAAAGAGUCCACAUGAGCAACACAGAGGGAGGUCUCUGAUGCACCCAGCUCGGUCCACACCCCAGGCCGCAGGGCCCAAGAAGGACAUGGAUGGCAAGUAUCCCUCAGGCUCCCCAGGGGCUCCUCCCUGGCCUCUGAACCCUUCGCUCCUUUCGAAGAAAGGGCAGAAGUCUCCCAGAACUUGAUCCAACACCUUUGGCUACACCCCUCACUCCAGUGCUGAGGAUUUCCCAGUCUGGCUGCCUCCUGAAGUCCAGGCCCACGGCUCGCUCACACGCAGUUGGCAUCUGGGCUGGCACCAUCCAGGGAUGGGGGCGGAAGGCCAGCGCUGCACUGUCCCCCAAACCAGAGCC